ACCGAAUACCUGGCUCCGGACCGGUUGAAACCCUUACUCCACAGGCGAUUUUUUUCCCUGAAUGAGGAGUUUUGAUCUAGUAACAUCUACCACGAUCCUACCAUAAACCCUCCUGGCCUUGGAACGCUCGCUGCGCUCGUUCUCUCCCGCUUAAACCCUUAUCUGGGUACCCUUGCCUGGCUGCUUGGAGAACUUUUUCCCUUUCAUGUGAGAUAGAGAGAGUCUGUGUGUUAGGGUACCCUCUCCUGGCGGCUUAGGCUUUUGCUCCUCUGCUGUUCUCGUCUCAGGCUCAUGUGACUAACAUUUGGAAGCACCGGUUCCUCUUAUUCUGCCUCCACCAUUUCCAGUUCUCCAUUUGAUUCCCACCCGUCAAAGCCCUAAUCUGUCUUUUGGAAUUUCAGUUCACCAAACAAACCCAUCUCUCUCUCACGCAUACACUUAUUUGGAGCAGGGAAAGACGGAUAUGAAGAUUUCUCCAUUUGGAUUUUCUUAUUUUUGUUCCCUUUAGGAUCUUUCACACAGCUCUGCCAUGGAGGCCAUCUCUGUUUGCCUCCACUCGUCAACCAAUCCUUUUGGUUUCUCUCUUACCAAUAGCCCCAGACUGUCUUUGCGACACAAAAACAAACACCUACAAGCCAAUCUACAUCUUCAGCGAUUUUCUAAGUCUCAAACCCUCAAGUCCCCCCUAAAUCCCGUUAGAUACUCUUUUUCCAGCACGGUAGAUCAUAUAGUCCGGAACCCAUCUGUCAAAACUCUGAGAAGCCCUUUCCUUGCAUCGCCAUUACCGACAAUACUGACAACAGUGACAAGGAAUGGGAACCAUUCUGCUAAAUGUUCAUAUUCCAACACCUCCAGCUCUGAGUUGAAGAGCCCAAUAACAGAAAUCCUCGGAAACCUCUCUCUGGAUUCAUUGAAGCGUAGCCUUUUAAAUCUAACUCCUCUUGACGCCUGCAAAUGGUCUGCAAUUCUCUUCUUCUCCAUAGCCAUUGCAAAACGUACUGUAAAUCUCGUGUGGAAUCCAUUCUUCUGGAUGUACUUUAGUUGGACAUGGCUGUUCUGGCCGUGGUUUGUUGCCAUUGCUCUGGCAAUCUAUGGUCUUUAUUGCCUUCAGAAGCACACUAAGGGAGACGCCAGUAUCUUUGAACAGCUUGUCAUAGUGACCUCAACAAUCACCUGGCUUACUCUAGUCGCACCUGCCCAUUUCAAUGGGUUCCUCGAGGGGUGGCCUUUUGUGUUCUUCUUUGUCUACCAUUAUUUCUUCUUCUUCAAUGUCAGUGUCAGGAAACGCCUAUACGGGGAUUACUAUGCUCGUCCACAUGACCCCAAAUGGGAUGUGGUUCUUCCCAUUUGGUAUCGUCUUAUCUUCAGUGCUGGAGUCAUGGCUGGGCACUGGCUUGCUGCAGCAGAAGGGCCGGAAUUACAUCUAAUUCCAGGUGGAUGGAGCAAUUUGGGAUUGUGGAUUUUGAUAAUGAUGACACUGUUUAUGCAAUACCAUUCGACAUUGUAUCUUGCAAAGUAUUCAGAGAAGGUGGUGGUGCCGACGGCUGUUGUGCAGUUUGGACCAUAUAGAUGGGUCAGGCAUCCAAUAUAUGGAUCUACAAUGCUUCUGUUCACGACUUAUUUUGUUGCACUCAGGGCGCCACUGAGCUUGCUUUUUGUUCUUGGAGUUUGUUUGGUGUAUUACAAUCAGAAGGCAGAAAUGGAGGAGGCUCUGAUGGUUGAUACAUUCGGGGAGAGGUACACGGAGUACAUGAGGAAGGUUAGGUACAAAUUCAUUCCUCUUGUGUAUUAGUGAUAUUUUGUGGCUCUGGGUACAUGGUUGUUCGGGUGAUACAAAUGAAUUCUUGUAUUCGUUAUCUGAUAAAUUCAAGGAGUUUUGGCUUCAUAAAUUUAUGUAAACUUGAAGGGUUUGGAUUAUCCAACUUUCAGCUUCUUUUUCCCCAGAUGUUUAUAGUUCAUUAUUUUGGUUUGUCUGUUGAUUUUUGUCAGAGUUCUUUGGUUUUGCUUGAAUUCUGUUAUAUUGCAAACUCAUUUGCUUAGAAUUGAUUAAACUGGCUAUGUGGCUUUGUAUUUUA